CGCCCAAGUCACUCGGCCAGCAUAAGUAUGUUGGUAUCCGAACAGUUCAGGCAGAUAGCAGCAACAUAUCCAUCCAAUACCCGAAAAAGGCGCUCGGAAAAAUGGAACUUACCGAAAGCAUUGUACGACACGGAUAGUCGACUUGUGCUGCGUGUGCCCCUUCGUGUUAGAAGAUAAUCGGAGAGUGAGUGAGAGUUCCCCAAAAAAUAUACUGGCUAGAACGACACGGAUGGUAGCGGAUGAGAGCGGAAAACUGAAGUUUCCGUUCCAUACAACAGUUGGAGUGUGUUAUGUGUUAAGUUUAUUUGCUUGUGUAUAUAGUUGGGCGCUGGUGUCCCCACAGAGCUCAGUCACUAGUCACACCUUGGGUGCGAUGGUACAAUUUCUGGGUCCUCCGAAGGGAUCAAUGGUGGUGAAUGGUGUUGUCUGUCGGAAGUUACUCGGAAGAAUUCAACAGUUACAUUGUUUAGAACAUUGUUUCAGUGCGGCAUAAGCCGGUGUUAUAGUGAAAGAAUUGUGAAUUGAAUUUUGUUUUUUUUUUGGUUUUGAAAUGGUGGUUAUACUAAUAGCGAAUUCUUUAUUUGUGUUUGUUAUCUUAAUAUGGCUAUGAAAAUGUUGUACCGUGGAUGUAGUUCGCGUUUAGAAACUUUAAUCGAAAAAAUUCAACAAAGCAGCAAGGACUAUUAUCACCCGCUGAUGAUGAACCAAGAGUUCUACUCGUCGCACACGUCGUCAAGCUUUUCACCCUCGAUAUCGGAUGGCAUGACGACGCCGAACUCGACUACAAACGACGCCGAUGCCGCUGGAUUGCUACUAGCGAACGGCGAUUCCGGUGCCCCCGAGAGUGGGCCCACUGCCAGCGACAAGUACCGGGCCGAGAAGCGCAACCGCGUCGACAAUAAUAAUAAAAUAAUUAAAAACAACAAUCAUACUAAUAGCCACAGCAAGAAUAAUGACGGCACUUAUCGCUGUCAGUUCUGUGAUAAAACGUUUCCACGUCUUGGCUACUUGAAGAAACACGAACAGAGCCAUACCGAACAUAUGCCAUUCAAGUGUGAAUACUGCGCUCGUUUGUUCAAACACAAGAGGUCAAGAGAUCGCCAUACCAAGCUGCAUACGGGAGAUCGGCGAUACCGGUGCCCACACUGCGAAGCGGCUUUCUCAAGAAGUGACCACCUGAAAAUCCACAUGAAAACGCACGACAACCAAAAACCCUUCCAGUGCACCAUCUGCAACCGAGGCUACAACACAGCGGCGGCCCUCACCAGCCACAUGCAGAACCACAAGAAGCAGAUCGCCCUAACCGGCAGUCCCAAUCUGACGUACAGUCCGCGCUCAACCAGUUCCUUGUCCAGCAGCGCUUCCAACCCGAAGCGUAAAUUUUCUCCGUACGAGCAGAACCUCAUGAUGAUUAACCGCUCCAAGCUGCUGAAAUCCGGUGAACUCACGUGCAUCUACUGUACGGGGUCCGAUUUUGCCAAUGUCGAACAGCUGGGUUCCCAUGUACAAACCAAGCACAGCAAUUUGCUGCUCAACGAAAACAACUUCCAUCGCCAUGCAUCGCCGGAUGCGAUGCUGGCCUAUCCUCCGAUUGCGUGCGAGUUCUGUACCAUGAAAUUCCCAACGGUUCCCAUGAUGUUUAGUCAUCUUAAAACAACCCAUUUGGACAGAAUCAACAGCCCCAAUAGCUAUUUAGAACAGUUCAAUAAAAAUCUCAUGAGCACAUACACCUCAUUCUACGGUGCAACAUUGUUCGAUGAUAAACAGGAUACCGAGGGCCGCACUGGAACCGCAAACGAGUGUCUGACCAAUCAGAAAAGUAUACGUGAUGAAAAUGGGAACGAUAAAAUGCCAGCCGAUGUUGAGGCGAAAUCUAUCAAGCAGGAGAAGAAGGAUGAAAACGACAACUCUCAGGAAGCGCAAGAGCAGUUGGCACCCACAGAUCUGAGUCAGCCUAGCAUAAAACGGAUGAAAAUGGAAUCCGAGAACCAGUCGUCGUCUAGCCGAGAUGACAGGGAAAGGGAUAGCUCACACAAUGCCCCCAGCUCCUCCGCUCUGCCAACCUCCCCGGGUGCAUAUCUCUGCAAUCAAUGCAACGCUGCCCUGCCGGACUUCGAAUCGUUCCGGACCCAUCUGAAGGCACACCUUGAGCAGGGUUCGAACGCUUCGUCCUUCGGAUGCCAGCAGUGCGGUGCCGCCCUCGGUGAUCAUCAGGAUUAUGAGAAGCACAUGGCCAGCCACUAUCUGGUAACCGGUACCGAGUACCAGUGCGAGUCGAGCUGUAAUAAAAUAUUCACCAAACCGGACGAGCUGCACAAGCAUUUGUACGAUUCACACACCCAGGUGCUGUACAAGUGCGUCCUUUGCAGCGAAAAUUUCGACAGCAAAGUGACAAUUCAGGUGCACUUUGCGGUGGCGCACUCCACCGAGACGAAGCUGUACCGGUGUUCGGCGUGCGCGGAGGUGUUCCGAUCGGAGCAGGAGUUUCGACACCACAUACGCACCCGUCAUAUCUCCACUGGAGUUGUGCAGUGCGUUUUCUGUCGAGUCGUUUGUUCAUCUGAGUUGGAAAUGCAGUUCCACUUGGCUGCACAUGCUAGAAAAUUCAAAUGCCCAGCUUGCCCGGAAACCUUCCACGUGGAGUUUCUCCUGGAUCGCCACAUGCAGACUCAUCACAGUCAGAAGGAGAUUUCCAACGCGGCAGCUGCAGUGAUUGCGAGCAGUAAAACCAACGGCAGCGGCAGUAACAACAGUGCCAGCAAUCUAGAAUAUCUACAGCUGCAUGGCCAAAUGGCGGCAGCCGCCGUCGGAUGGCAAAAUCUGUACGCAACGAAUAAGUUCUACAACCCACUACACAUCGAUACACUCAACCCGAUGAAGCAUCCAACCUUCCUGCACGGCUUCUACGAUAGUCUGAACAAGUCGCAGACUCAGCGCUACUUGCAGCAGGCCAAAAAAGGCUUCACCAGUCCAAACCAUGUUAGCCAAUCAAAAGCGCUACUAAAUUUGUACAGCCAACGAUCAGCGACUAUGAAUGGACUUUAUUCGCCGGACAAGCAGCUAGCAGCAGCAGCUGCAGUUGGAGGAGGAACCGGCUCCCAGCCCAUAAACCCUUCCACCAAUUCGAAUGCAUCUGCUAAGGCUCAAAAUUUUACUCCCACAACUAUCUUGCAUCGAUAUGGACUCAACCCUCCCGUCCCGGCACCGCCUACAAGUAGCAGCAAUCCAGUGAGUCAGUCGGACAAGUCUACCGUAGCAUUGGGGGCUAAAAAUGGUAGUGGCAAUAACUAUUACAGUUGUGGUAUCUGCGAGAGAAACGAUUUUGGCACCGAGAAUGAAGUUCAAACUCAUCGUAAGAUUGUCCAUAACCUUAAAACUGGCGUUAGUCUGCGAUGCGCUUACUGUAGUGGGGACUUUCGAUCAAGGAACGAGUUAGAAAACCACAUGAAAAUCACCCACAACACCGGUGGCAAACAUAAGUGCUUGAUUUGUGAUGAAAUUUUUCCUUCGCCUGCGGUUUUAGCGGAGCAUAAGUUAAGUCACUGCAAAGUUGGAGCAUCAGGGCGCUGUUCCCACUGCCAGGCUGCGCUGCCCGAUGCACACAGCUUCAAAACCCACCUCAUGCAGAACCAUCAACCAACGGCGACAGCCGCUGCUGCCAACUCCUGCCCAGCCUCCACCGGCAGCACCAACACCUCAUCAGGACAGGACCAGGACCGAUUCCCUAUCCAUUGUAUAUGCUGCCGGCAAACCCUCAACUCCGAGUUCGAAAUCAGUUUACACGCAAAAUUCCACACAAAGACCGUCGAGAUAAACGAGAAAACCUGUGCACUUUGCUUGGAACCCUUAGCCCCGAACCAGAAUGGAAAAAUUUGUGACAUGUGCUUAAAGCGACACAAUUUCCCCUCGAAGUUGCUCUCGAUUAACAACUUCAUCAAAUCAUCCGCCGCAUCAGCUGCACAUAGUUCCGGCGGUGAACCAAACCAGCAACAGCCUCUAAUGCCAUCAGCUCAUCCACCCCUAUCUUCGGAACAAUCGAGCACAAUCCAGUGCAACCUAUGCAAGAAACCUCUGGUUGAUGGUCAAAAACUGCAAGAACAUUUGAUCGAUCACACAUUUGCCGGAUGUGAGGAGCGCGGCUACAUCUGCUAUCUCUGCUCAUCCGUGUUCACCUCGUCCGCUGGUCUACAGACACACAUCGCCGAGCACGGAACUCAGGCCAAACCGUACGAUUGCGGCCACUGCGAGGAGGCAUUCUUCUUCCGUGCAGAACUCGAGCAUCACAUCAUUGACCACGAGUUGGGAAAAGUUUUUGUGGCAACUUCUGCCAGCGAAGGCGAAGCACGGGAAGACUCGAACGGGACCCACAUUAAAUCGGAAAUCGUUGAACGAAUGUUACACGGAACAGACAACAAUGUCGACCUGGAAGCGUCCGGAAGAGGCGGGGGACGAACCGAGCCGAGAGCUGAAACGCCCAGCGCGGACAGCCAACCCAGUGAUAAUGAACCUUAUUCGGACCAUGAUAAUGUCGAAGGAGAAGACGACGAAUACAUAGAGGUUGAGCACAAUGUCGAAGAUAGUGGAAAGCAACCAAUCCUACCGGACCAGGAAUACGAUAGACCUGAAUCAGACUAAACCAGGCCUAAGUUUCCUAUCUCUUUGAAACAAUAGAUUCUAGUGAAAGAUAGAAGAAAAAGAAAAAAUACUUCGCUUUAGUAAACUAUAUUUUGCAACUAAUAAUAGUAGAAAUAAAACGCGAACGGUCAUGGCUUGUUCCUUUGACUUUCUGUCAUGUCAUGUUCCUUAGAAAUAGGUUUGAUAGGAGGGGGAUAGAAGUCCCGAAGAAAAAACCGGGCACCUUUUCGAAUGUUAAAAAUAUAAACCAGUAUUUUUCCUCUCUUCGCCUUUUUGUUUCUAGCAGCAGUAUUUACGGCGAAAUGCAUACCCAUGCCCGCUGGUUUGUUAUGUUAUUUAUUUUGCUAUGAAACGAGAAAAUCAAAUAUCGGAAGGCUAAUACACACACACACACAAACACAUUCACACUCUAUUGUUACGUUGCGUUCUUAAAUGAAUCAUCCUUAUAGCGAGCGGUAAAUAUUCUCAAAACGCAUAAUAAAAUUACAAGUACCAAUAAAGUAUUAAAAAUAA